AUGUUCAAAACUUCUUUUACUUCGUUUGCCUUUCCACAAUGGUUCAAAAAACCCGAACAACAGCAGCAGCAAGUUGACCCAAAGACUAUCCCCAAGAGCUUCAAUAUACAAAAAGACAACAAGUUGGUCAAUGUGCUGAUGAGCCCACUUUCAAGUAAAGUCAAAGGAGGCGCAGCUGGGGAACAAGGCGAAUUGGAUGAAGAGGACUUUAUAGAAAUCUCGAUGAAGUCACUAACUUAUGCUGAGGCUGCUGCGCUUGGUAAACCCAAGAAGCCCACAGUCAUUGCUAAGCCAAGCAAGGGGAUAGUUGAAGAGAACCAAUUUACAGUGUUGGAUGACGCUAGUGACAAAUUGGACAAACUAGAACCUGCCACUGCUGCUGCUGCUGCUGUUGCUGGUGUCAAGUCGGCAAUUGUCGGUGGUGACGACGAUCUUGUUGCCGUUGUUGCCCCCGUGGACGACUCGGUUGAAUACGAGCCAUUUAAAUCCGACGACGAAUAUACCAGAUCACAACACUACAAGAAGCAACAACAUGGAAACAACCAAAAGAGAAGAAAGAGCAAGUCAUUGAACAAAGCUAAGAACUAA